AGUACCUAAAGGUUGUAAUGAAACUUGAUAUCAUGAUCAGUCUUUUCUGGUACCAAAAUUCCAUUAUACAUCCGCUAUCUUUUAAGUUGCAAUCUAAAAAUAAAGAAAAUACAAAGUACUGUAUGUAAUACUUACACUUGAGUAGUGUAACUGUGUGAUAUUGUAUCAAUGUAUGGAUUAUGUUGUACUCGUAGUUACGGAGUAUUAUUUUAUAACAGUAGGCCAUUUAAUUCCAAGUACCUCGGCUCAAAGGCAAACCAGACCAUGAAUUUCCCGACGAAAUUGGAGAUAUUUAAGUCAUUACAAAAACUAACUCCAAAACUAAACUAAUCAAACCCAGAAAUUCCUCUUCUUUUUCAACUUUAAUUCUUCCUUCAGCUCUCAUCCUCUCUAUCUCCAACAAUCUGACUGCUAAUCAAAAUAGCAACACCAUAUUACUCGUAUAUAAUUUGCACAUAAACUUUCCCUUUUUAUUGUACGGAUGAGAAAUGAAGAAAGCUCAAAACUUUGGGUUAAAUGUCAAAAAAUGUAGCAUUCUUAAUAAUUAUAAGAGAACGCAUGAUUUUGAAGGUGUUAAGAAGACCAACAAUGGCGACAUUAGCAGAAGCAACAACAAUAAUAAUAGCUUCUAUGAACUCUGCGUUUCCUUGAUUUGGUGUUUCGUUUUUUUGUUUUACUGUGAAGUUUGUCUCAGCGAUGGUCAUGCAGAGACUCAUCAUUACUCUAAUUAUAAAAGCAUGUUAUCCGAGGGUAAGCUUGUUGGUGAUGGAGAUUCCUUUCAUAAUAUCACUAUUGAAAACUACACGGACAACGUUUUGCUAGAGGUUAAUAUAUCAAUAAACGUUAACAUUUCUACCAUUCAAGGGCUAGGUUCUUCGAAUUCUAAUUGCUCGCUCCCUAGGCAUAAAGGGUUGGAAGAAUUGGUCUUUAACAUAUUAAGAUUAGGUUACAACAAUAUGGUGUGUGAAAUGCCUUGUCGAAUUAAUCAAAGAAUGAACAAACUAGAGGACCAUCAACAUGGAAUGGCUUUAGAUUCCACUUAUUUGAAGCUGGAUGAGUCCCGAAGUACAACAAUAUCAGGAAAGGGGGUGGUCUCUUCUAGUGAACAGGUGAAUAUCACCCAUCGACUUGAACCUGAUGGAACAGCUUACAACUUUGCCUCAGCGGCUAAAGGUGCAAAAGUUGUAGCUCAUAAUAAGGAAGCAAAAGGAGCGAGUAAUAUUUUGGGGAAGGAUCAUGAUAAGUAUCUUAGAAACCCUUGUUCUGUAUCAGAUAAGUAUGUUGUAGUUGAGCUUCCGGAAGAAAUUUUGGUUGAUUCUGUCAAGAUUGCAAAUUUUGAGCACUACUCCUCAAACUUCAAGGAAUUUGAAUUGUGGGGAAGUUUGACUUACCCUACUGAUGCAUGGUCUUUUAUGGGAAAAUUUGUUGCUGCCAAUGUUAAGCAUGCUCAAACCUUUGUUCUGCCAGAACCCAAAUGGGUUACUUAUCUGAACCUGAGUUUGAUUAGUCACUAUGGAUCAGAGCAUUAUUGUACAUUGAGUGUCUUGGAAGUUUAUGGUGUUGAUGCUAUUGAGCGGAUGCUUGAAGAUCUAAUGGUGACUUCUAGCAGAUCUGCUUCUAGUGAACAACCAUCAAAGAUUAAUUCAACAGAAGUAUCAUCAGGAAAGCCUCAAGAUGUGGAAGGAAAUGAGAAUAAUGGUAGUGAAAGUCUUAAUGGAAAUGGUUCUUCUGUUAAAGGAGUGGGAACAAGUGACGAGCAAAAGACCAAUAAUGACGCAACUAAGAAUCAUGGCACCUCGGGCAAGAUUCCUGAUCCAGUUGUCGGAAAGUCAAGUAGCAGAAUUCCUGGAGACUCUGUUCUGAAGAUCUUAAUGCAGAAAGUGAGGUCAGUGGAGGUGAACCUAUCUGUGUUAGAAGAGUUUCUCCAGGAACUAAAUAAAAAACAAGAUGAUAUUAUUCCUGAAAUCAACAAAGAAAUAUCAAAAGUUACCUCGUUGCUGGACAACGAAAGAAAAGAAAUCAAAGAACUAAUUGAAUGGAAGGAAGACAAGGAUAAACAAUUUGAAGAUAUUGAGUUGUGGAAGGCUGUUCUCUCUUCACAAAUUGAUGAGUUGGUCAGUGAAAAUAGGAACCUCAGAUCUCUUGUUGAAAACAUAGAGAAUGACCAGACGAGUCUACAUAACAAGGAGCUUGCGGUUUUAUUAGUGAGCUUCUUCUUCUUGUGUAUAGCAUUCCUCAAGCUAGUCUCCAAACGGGUUUUGCUCCUUUUGAAGCUUCUCAAGGAAAUGACGUCUCUAGAACGAAUAGAGGAUGGUUGUUAAUACUCUUUAGCAGUGGCAUCACAAUGUUAAUAACUUUGAUCUAGUAUACCUUGUGCCUUUCUACACCCUCACUGAAGAGACUGUGGUAGGCGAUUAAUUUGGUGCCUGAAAGCUCAUACUGCUUCCUGCCCUUUAAACUGUGGCAGAGAUGUACUCAUAUCAGGUAGAAGCAACAUAAGACUUUUGUAGGAGUAACUCUAGUGGAUUCAUUGGCUCUUGUAAUAAACAAUCCAUUCCAUCAUUUCCACUUGGUAGUUUGUAGGUUAAGACCUGGUUGUUAUAGGCUGUGAGUUAGAUUAGGUAGAAUACCAUGUUUGUAGUAUUUAGCUAUAUGUAGAAAUUAAUGAUGCACUUCUGAUUGGAACGAGAAUAUUAUUUGAAACGGUUAUUUUUUGCAUUAUCAUAUACUGUACAUUAGUAGAAUCGUUGCAGUUGUAUCUGUUUCUCUGUUGAA